AUGUAUGUAUAUGCAUACGAAGAAUGCGUUCCGUGUAUCACUGUGUCAUGGUGCAUGAGAUUCUCAGUGGUAUAUAAGAGCGGAUCAGACCAUCGCGAAUCAGACAAAGACUCGACUCCGAUUUCGUCUGAGCUUGUUCUUCAAACCAGUAACAUGAAGAAAGCUGUGCUACUUUUCUGGAUCAUCUGUUUGGCGAUUGUAAUCGUCAACGCGAGACCGUUUCCUCAACAAGAAAGUUAUGAUGACGAAGUGCUUGUACCGAAAGAUACCAUACGUUAUCCAAACACAUUUUGGUUGGGCAGGCCCUUUUAUGACCAAGACGAUUACUAUGGUGGUAAUACCGAUAGGAAACCAUCUACUCUAUCGUAUGCCAAUGUGGGAGCUGGAUGGGGCCGCUAAAAAUCUUCCGAUCGAUUCGAUCGCUUCUUCGAAUCAGUUGUAAUCGCCGCGUGAUAACGUAGAAUGCAUCAUAAAUUUAUAUUAAUUUUCACGUUAAAUUAAUAUCAUAAUUCGUAAAUUAUCGAGCUAUCAUCGUGAACGACGAAACUGUCACCGCAAAUUAAUAAUAAGUCACUAAUACGUACAGAUAGUCUUGUUUAACAGAAUUUUGUAUUUUCGUAUUGACCAAUUAACAUUUAAUCGUCCAAUUAAUAUUUCUCGCGCAUCACGUGCUUCUGAAUUGUACGUGAAAUAAUACCAAACAAAACCGACAUGAAUCACUCUUUCGUAAAUUAAACUACAUUCGAUGUUCAAGAUUGAUGGAAACCCAUAUAGUCCUUGGUUGGAAGAUACGCAAAGCAAUCGAUCAAACCGACGCAAGGAUCGUCGAUCGCUAAAUAGCAGGCAAAUAUUUACAAACGCUGGGCGACUGACAGCGAUUCUAUAUAAGACAUCGAACGUACUCCGAAAUAUCGGUAGAUUUAUUUAGCGACGGCAGAGGAUACAAUGAACAAUCCAAUUUUAAUCCCACCGCUGCUAAUUUUGUCGUCGAAACUAUGCGUGGAAUCUGUGAUUCUCGGAGUUCUUAUAUCCAGCGAUUAUUAUUUGUUUCGUAAUACUAACAACAUAGUGUUAAGUGUUUAAGUUAAUAAAAUUGUUAUAUUUACGAUACAAGGACGUUUAAAAAAAUGUUUAUAAUUUAAUAUACGAAGAGCGCGUGAGAAGAACACGACUAGUCUAUUUCUGUUAAUUUCUUGAUUUCGAACGACUCCUUAGGUUUAUAAGUGUAUGUUUGCAAAUUAUUGAAAAUAAAUCGAUCGCUACAGAAUGGAAC